AUGCCCGGCCUACCAGCCAGUAUCGAUCUCGACCAAUGUAUAGCCCAACUUUACAAAAAGACUCUCCUCGCCGAAUCUCUUAUUGAAGCAAUAUGCGCAAAGGCGAAAGAGCUGUUGAUGAAGGAGAGCAACGUUGUACACAUAUCAGCACCUGUCACAGUAGUGGGAGACAUUCACGGUCAAUUCUUUGAUAUGCUGGAGAUCUUUAAGAUCGGAGGCUUCUGCCCGGACACCAACUAUCUCUUCCUCGGGGACUAUGUUGACCGCGGCCUGUUCAGUGUGGAGACGAUCUCCCUUCUAGUUUGUUUGAAAUUACGAUACCCUUCACGCGUUCAUCUUAUUCGAGGUAAUCAUGAAUCACGAGGUGUGACACAAUCCUACGGCUUCUACACAGAAUGUGCAAGAAAAUAUGGGAACGCCAAUGUCUGGCACUACUUCACAGAUAUGUUCGACUUCCUUACACUCAGCGUUGUCAUCAACAACCAGAUCUUUUGUGUGCAUGGAGGACUGUCCCCAUCCAUCCAUUCAAUCGACCAGAUCAAAAUCAUCGACAGAUAUCGUGAAAUCCCGCAUGAAGGACCCAUGGCGGAUCUGGUGUGGUCAGACCCAGAUCCUGAGCGAGACGAAUUCUCUCUCUCGCCCCGAGGCGCUGGAUAUACCUUUGGAGGCGACGUUGUCAAGAAAUUCCUCCAGGUCAACAGCAUGUCCCACAUUUUACGUGCUCAUCAACUCUGCCAAGAAGGCUAUCAAGUCCUCUAUGAUGAUCGGCUCAGCACAGUGUGGAGUGCACCAAAUUAUUGCUACAGAUGUGGCAAUCUCGCUAGUGUUUUAGAGGUCAGCGAUGCUGGAGAUCGUUAUUUCAAUAUUUUUGAUGCUGCUCCGGAAAAUGAGAUUCAUCGGAAUGAGCAGCAGCAGCAGCAGCAACAGCAACAACAACAGCAAGCACAAGGCAAAGAUGGCCAAGGCACUCAAAUCGAAUACUUUCUGUAA